UAGAGUUUAUUCCAGUUUAAUUCUUAAAUAUUCAUUGUUUAAAUUCAUUUAUUUAGACUAAUCUUCUUCUAAAGGAAAUAUUUAGUUAAUUAAUAAACUAAUUUAACUGUUUGGCUUUAAAGUAAAUAUUCAGACUGCCCACAAGUUCCCAGAGUAAGAAGGAAUCUAGAAAAAAACAAACUACAACUCCCAUGAUCCUCCCGUGUCCGUUUCAUAAACAGUAGCAUGCCGAGCCGCGCGAGUUUCCGUGAUUAUAUAACAAGCUUGAGGAGCAAAGGUUUCUGACACCCUAUCUUCAUUUCCUGUUCAAGAAUGCCGGAAGGCCCUGAACUCCAUUUGGCCAGUCUAUAUGUCAACAAGAUGUGUGAAGGGCUUGUGUUUAGUGGAUCUGUCGAGAAAUCUGAUGUGAAUAAAAAUCCUGAAGUCCCAUUCUGCUGCGACGCCUACUGCAUCAAAGCCCAGUCCAGAGGAAAAGAGGUCAUACUCACCCUCACUCCCAUUAAAAAUGAUGACGACGGUAAACGCAAGGUCGCCAAGCGUCAGUCCCAGCAGCCGAUGGAUGUGGUCUUCCGAUUUGGGAUGUCAGGGUUUUUCCGCUUCACCUCAGUAGAUGAUCUUCCAAAACACGCUCACCUGCGGUUCUACACUAAUGAAAACCCAUGCAGGGUGUUGAGUUUUGAGGACACCCGCAGAUUUGGCAGCUGGCAUCCAAAUGGGACCUGGCAAAAAGACAGAGGGCCUUGUGUCAUGUUUGAAUACGAGAGCUUUAGGGAGAAUGUUCUUUCAAAUCUGUCUGACAAGACAUUUGACAAACCCAUCUGUGAGGUGCUCUUAAAUCAGAAGUAUUUCAACGGGAUUGGGAACUAUCUCCGAGCAGAGAUUUUGUUCAGACUACAAAUCCCUCCGUUUGUAAAGGCACGGACAGUUCUAGAGGGACUUGUGCUACAAGACGAGGAAAAAAAGAAGGUCAAAAAGGAGAUUACAGUUGUAGAGUCAACAGAUAAAACCGGGAAGAAAGGGGUGAAGGCUGAGACCCCAGACCUUCUUUCUUUGUGUCACACUGUUCCCUUGGAGGUGGUGCAGUUGGGUGAAAAUGGUUAUGCUCCAGCAAAGGGGAAGUAUUCUGUGCUUCAAGCCUGGAUGCAAUGUUACUGUGUGGAUGGAAUGAACUCAUUAGGUGACCACAAUGGACGGACAAUUUGGUUCAAUGGGGAUCCUGGUCCUAUGGUGCCCAAAGGUGCCAAAUCUCGCAAAAUUAUGUGGAAAAGGCAGAAAGAUGAUCACGAUUACACUGAUUCAAAAAAAGCCAAAAAGACAUGCACCGACAGUACUGCAAAAGCAAAACCUGCUAAGAAAAAGGACAACAUAAAGGUAAAGAAAGAAAAUGCAACCUCCAAAACACAAAAUGCUUCAAAAAGACAGAAAAAAACCACGAAAAAGGUCAAUGUAGCACCUGCAGAUGAGAACAAGAAGCCAAAAACAAGAGGAAAGAGAAGCCCAAAAGUUCUUCCAAAGACUGGAACUAAUACAAUCAAAAGCCAACGUGUGGAGGAAGUGAAUAAAACUAAAAGGAAUUCCGUAACCUGUAGGAAAAGUGCAACAAAGGCAAAGCCACAGCGGAAAAGAAGUGGCACACAAGGAGGCCGUUCCUCCAAAUGAUGCCAUGCUUGAUUAAAUCAUCAGAAUGCAGUCAGCAAGCUACUGUAAUGGGCCACCCAGACUUUUUAUAUUCAGUAAUGAUUUG